AUGACUAGGUAUACUCCUCCCCAGACCUCCGCCGUGCCCGGCCCGUCCUCGAUCUUCAUGCCUCCCACCUCCUCGACCUCGAGCGCGGGCCCAGCGCGGCGGCCAACGGCGACAACAGCCGAGCCCACCCCUCUACCAAAUCGCCCACCGGCGGGCGAAGAGCAACAACAGCACGGCCAGGCGGACUCAGGCCGCAGGGAUGAUCACGAUGACGACCACACCUUCCCCCUCCCCAAGCUCCGCCUGCACAUCCAGGACGCGACGCACCCGGGCGCAUCGCGCUUCCUCGCCGCCGUGGACGCCUCGGCCCUCCUGUCGCGCAGCGUCCAGACCGUCCUGCGGCUGCUGUACGUCUCGCCUCAUCACCACAAGGCCCAUGACGACGAUGCCGACGAGAACGACACAGCCGCUACCCCAGAACAACUGCAACGCCCAGCCACGACCACAACCCACCGACGACCGGCAAGGCCGCACUACACCCCACCCCCGACGCGGUCCGUGACGCUCAUACUCGAGGACAUGCCGGGCGUGGCGUAUACCAAGGGCACGGACCUCGACGGCGACCACAAGGAGAUCCACCUGUCACUGGGCUACGUCAAGGGCAUCCGGAGGGCGCCGGCAGGUCCUACUACUGCCAUUACCGGCGGCCACGGCGGAGACGUCGCGGGCGCCUACGAGAUCGAGGGUGUCCUGGUCCACGAGCUGGUCCACUGCUACCAGUACAACGGGCGUGGUGAGUGCCCGGGCGGGCUGGUCGAGGGCGUCGCGGACUGGGUGCGGCUCGAGGCGAGGCUGGGUGCGCCGCACUGGAGCAAGGACACGGUGCCGGAUAGGUGGGACCAGGGCUAUGAGCGGACUGCGUAUUUCCUGGCUUGGCUUGAGGGCAAGUUCGGGAAGGGCACCGUGAGGAGGAUGAACGAGGCCUUGAGGGUGCGCGAGUACAAGCAGCCCGAGUUCUGGGCCGGCUUGUUCGGCCACGAUGUCGAUGCUCUGUGGAAGGAAUAUCUUCGGACGCUGAAGAAGGACGACGAUGACGGCCAGGGCUAG